GUUAAUAUAUUAUUGGCCCAAUUGGUCUUUGUAUAUUAAUAAUAGUUGACACCCUAUUUAGCAGCCCGCUACACUUUCUAUUCUCUACACCAGACUAAUUUAAGCCUAUUCAGUUCUCUCGUUUGAAUCCUGAUUAAGUGGCAUUAUUAAGUUAGUUGUGAGUUAUUUGUUUGUGUGGUUGUGUUGGAAUAGUCCAACUUGCUUGAGCUGUUGCCAUGUAUUAUUGUCUGUCCGUCCAUUUCAUGGGCUAAUAUGCCAAAAGUUCCCUCUGUAUACAUACGGGCAGUUUGCUCCCUAGUAAUUCAAGCUAGAGUCUCAUUUGUUGAACCACUCUUCUUCCUGGCCGAGUGUGCAUCUCUUUGUGAGUGUUUCCUUCUUCUUCUUUGUGAGGUUAGAGGGUGAGUGUAGGCAUGGCUAUCUAGGGAAGUUGCUCCCUUAGCUUAGGAGUGCACAAGAGACAAUCGGAAACCGAGCUCCGGACUGCCUGAGCCGGAAUACGGCGACGGAAUCGAUACUCAACAGUGGUAUCAGAGACUAGGGUUGUCGUCGCCGUCGAUUUCGCCGGUUUCCGCCACCUGGAAAGUCUCCGCCGCCGUGCUCCGCCGAUCUGUUAGUCGCUGAGGCUGUUGCCGGCUAGUAGCUGGAUUCGUUGCUAGGGUUCGCUGGAGGCGUGGAUCCGGAAGCCUGGUGGUUGAACCUGGAAUUCGUGGCAGAGCUCGUUCGUGGAUUUCAAGUCACAGCUCGGUCUAUUGAAACGCAGGUCUGGAGCAGGGCUGUGAAGCUGGACGCGUGGUGUUCGUCGCUGAGCAGCUGAGGCCGGCCGUACGUCGCUGGAGGCUGAGACAGUGAAACUCGGUAGCUUCCGAUCUCCGUUCGAAUCUUGCGCAGAAGCAGAGAACAGAGGACCUUGGCUUCAACUUUAUUGCACUGGGUUGCUUGAAUCUGAUUGCUGCAAAGUUGGAUCUGGUUGUUGGCCUGGACCUGGCAAAUCGCUGGAGCUUGAUUUGAGCAGACGACUGGCCGAACGUUGAGGCCUGGGACGAAGUUUUUGUGCAGGUAGCAGAGAACUUGGGUCUCAGAAUUGGUUGCCAAACUUCAAGUCAACUGGACGUUGGGCUGCUCAAUUGCUGGAGCUAAUAGGAAGCUUUGGACUGGACAAGACUGGGUUUGGGCUUGACUUGUGGAAUUGGGCUGGACAUUGGACUGGUGAACUGGUCAACUAGUCAAUUCGGUCAAAGCUUGGUCAACACUAGUCAACGGCAGUCAACUCUAAGAAAAGAAAAAACCCAAUUUUUAAAUUGAGUGGGUAAGGUCGAAACGCCUCUCCUAGGGUUUCGCUACGGUAUAUUGACUUUUAUCCCUUUUAUCGCUUUUGUAGUGAUUUAAUCUUUUAUUUUGUAGAAAUCUGUUUUAGGUUUAUUACUGCUUUUAAAAUUGUUUGAAUUGUUGUGUUGUUCUGUGCUGAAAAUUUAUUAUUUAUUUGUGCUUAUACGGAAGAACAAGGGGUUUGAAGUUGAGUUUGGUGCUCAUUAAUACUCCCCACGUGUUCGUGCUAGUUGCUCCGUAUAUUUGUAGCCUUAUAAAUAUUUAAAUUGUUUUCAGCGAAAAUUUACAUUUUCUUUUGCUGCUUAUUUUUUCUCUGUGAAAAUGUCUGCUUAUAAUCAGUAUGGUAUGGCUCCAUUUAAUGGAAAAUCUGAUUUUAGCAUUUGGAAGCAAAAAAUUAAAUGUAUUUUAAUACAACAAAAAUGUUUUAAAGCAGUUGGCGAAACCUAUUUAAUUUCUGACACGGAAGAUAAAAGGGCCGAAAUGAAUGAAAAUGCAUGUUCUGUGAUUUAUUUGAACUUAUCUGACUCUGUGAUUAGAAAAGUUGGAAUUUUAGAAAGUGCUAAAGUUCUUUGGAAUAAAUUAAAUGAACUGUAUACUGAGACCUCUUUGCCUAACCGGAUAUUUUUACUUGAAAAGUUCUUCAAAUUUAGACUAGAUAUGUCUAUAGAUAUUGAAGAAAAUCUAGAUGUUUUUACCAAACUUAUUUCGGAUAUUAAGUUGUGUGGUGAUAAGCAUAUAGAUGAUUAUUCCCCUAUUGCUCUUUUAAAUGCUAUUCCUGAUUCCUUUGGUGAUGUGAAAUCUGCUAUUAAGUAUGGUAGAGAUAAUGUGACUCUUGACAUUGUAGUAAAUGGUCUAAAGAGUAAGGAAUUAGAUUUAAAACAGAUGGGUGAGGGUAGAAAAUCCGAGGAAGUUAUGCAUGUGAGGGGUAGAGAAAAUAAUAGUAGACGACAUAGAUCUAAGUCUAGGUCUAAUUCGAGGCGUUGCUAUUAUUGUCAUGAACCUGGCCAUUUCAUAAGAGACUGUCCUAAAUCUAGGAAAAAUGAGCAUAGUGAGCAUGCUAAUUUGACUACGUGUGAAGAUGAUUUAGGUGAUGUUUUUAUGAUGAAAAAUCUAUGUGAUUAUGACUAUUUGAGUUCUGUGAUAUCUGAUUCUUUGGGUAAAUCAGAUUGGGUGGUAGAUUCUGGUUGUACUUUUCAUAUGUCCCCUUUGAAAAAUGUUUUCUCAAACUAUAGAGAGAUUGAGCAUGGCUUUAUGUCUUUAGCAAAUGAGAAGAAAUGCAAUGUGCUAGGAAUAGGAGAUGUAUGCCUUAGGUUUUCUUCUGGUUAUGUGCUUACUUUGAAGAAUGUUAGGCAUGUUCCUGAGCUGUGUUGUAAUUUGCUAUCUUGUGCUUCUCUUGAAAAUGAGGGUUUGAAGGGAAAAUGGGGAAAGGGAAUCAUGAAAGUUGUGAAGGGUUGUUUAGUUGUUUUCAAAGCUGAGAUGAAAAACAACUUGUAUGUUUGUCAUGCUGAACCCCUACUUGAUUCUGUGAAUUGUGUGCAACCAAGUGUGCUAGGAAAACAGUCUAGAGUUGGUUUUCCUGAUCUGCCUAAGUGUACUGAUGUGCUUGAUUGUAUUCAUGCUGACUUGUGGGGUCCUUAUGGUGUUUCCACUCAUGGUGGGAAAAAUUAUUUUCUGACACUGAUUGAUGAUUUUUCAAAGAAAGUGUGGGUUUUGUUGAAUGAGAAUAAAUCUGAAGUUUUUGAUAAGUUUAAAAACUGGAAAACCCUUGUUGAAAAACAAACCGGUAAGAAAAUUAAUUUUUUAAGGACCACAGUCAGUUUUGAUUUCUGUGAUAGUCAGCUUGGUGAUUUAUGUGAUACUUGGGGUAUUUCUAUGCAUAAAUCUGUUCCCUCCACACCCCAACCGGAUGGGGUUGCUGAGAGGAUGGUUAGAACUUUAUUAGAGAGGGUGAGGGCUAUGUUAGCUUCAUCUGGGCUCUCUAAUAAGUUCUGGGGGGAAGCUAUUUGUUAUGCUGUUGAUUUGAUUAAUCUGUCCCCGUCUAAUCCCUUAGGAGGGAAAUGCCCUGAAUCUGUGUUCAUGGGCAAACCACUUGACUUGCCAAAUUUGAGAGUGUUUGGUUGUGCUGCUUAUGUGAAUCGUGUGAAUGAUAAAUCUGAACCUAGGACUAAGGAAUAUGUUUUCUUACGAUUUCAUGAUUGCAUGAAAGGUUAUAGGCUUUGGUGUAGGAGUGAAACUUGCUUCAAUGUGUUGAUGAGUAGAAAUGUCAUUUUUGUUGAAAAUGAAUUUCCUUGCCUGCUUGUUUCUCCUGAUGUUGCUCCAAAUGAGGUGGAGCAUUUGCCUGAUGUUCAUUCGGAUUUACUUGUUGAAACCGAACCCAAAUUUGUGGAUGAAAAUGUUUUUCAUGGUGAAAAUAAAGAAAAUAAUAUUUCUAUUAAGGUGGAGCAUGAUAUGAAUGUUGUGUGCAAUAUGCUUGAGUUGUGUGAUUGCCAUGCUAUUAGAGAUAGAGACAUUAGGAAGCAUGAGAGAAAUAAUAUGUGCAAUGUGUUUGACUAUAUUUCCUCUGAGUUUGCUUUACAUGUGCUUAAUUCUCUAUUAAUUAAAAUCUUUGUGAUAUUUGGUAUGCUAUUUUCUUUGUGUUUUGAAAAUGUGAUACCAUGUGAUUAUGUGAGCUCCGCCUGUGCUAGUUAUAGAAAUACUAUUGUUUCUUUUAUUUUCUGUGUAAUUGCUUUGUGUGGUUGUUGGAUUAGAUGGGAUCCCCAACUUCUCCCGGAUGCUUGCUUGCGUGGGCUAUUAACAUACCUUGUGUUUGUUAAUAGCAUUGUGAUGGUUUCGGUUUUGAACUCGAGGACCUUAUGGUAGAGUUAAGUCCUUUAUGGACUCGGUAAGCUUGGUGAUUUUACCCCGAGAGUACUUGUGUCUCUCUAUUACUUGUAUUGUCUUUGUGAUUAUACUUGUAAUGAUCCGGCAAUGAUGAGUCUGCGGUUCCGUGAUUGUCUAAGUGCACUACCUUGGGCCAACGGUGGAGAUUGUUAAUAUAUUAUUGGCCCAAUUGGUCUUUGUAUAUUAAUAAUAGUUGACACCCUAUUUAGCAGCCCGCUACACUUUCUAUUCUCUACACCAGACUAAUUUAAGCCUAUUCAGUUCUCUCGUUUGAAUCCUGAUUAAGUGGCAUUAUUAAGUUAGUUGUGAGUUAUUUGUUUGUGUGGUUGUGUUGGAAUAGUCCAACUUGCUUGAGCUGUUGCCAUGUAUUAUUGUCUGUCCGUCCAUUUCAUGGGCUAAUAUGCCAAAAGUUCCCUCUGUAUACAUACGGGCAGUUUGAUCCCUAGUAAUUCAAGCUAGAGUCUCAUUUGUUGAACCACUCUUCUUCCUGGCCGAGUGUGCAUCUCUUUGUGAGUGUUUCCUUCUUCUUCUUUGUGAGGUUAGAGGGUGAGUGUAGGCAUGGCUAUCUAGGGAAGUUGCUCCCUUAGCUUAGGAGUGCACAAGAGACAAUCGGAAACCGAGCUCCGGACUGCCUGAGCCGGAAUACGGCGACGGAAUCGAUCCUCAACAUAUUCAUUAUCUAAGAAGAUUAGGUUGUUUUUGUCAUAUUAAAUGUGUUGGUGUGACACAAAGCAACACACUCUUGUGCAUUAUCCUCUCAUUAUUAUACCAUAUAGUUUUUCUCUUUUCCUCCUUGAGUUCCGUUACAAUCCAAUCGUUAAGCCCCUGUAUACGGAGUAUUAAUUAUGCUUUUGUAUUUGAUGCGUCAUUUGUAGAUAAUAGCAUAACAAAGAACAGCUCAUAAAAAGAAUGAAAAGUAAAAAGGUUGCUACACCAAAAUAGUAAAAUACCCCCCAAAAAACAAAUUAGGACACUUGAGAGUAGUGUUCAUCUGCCCCCAACCCCACCACACAACCAUACGUACAACAUUCGAGUAAUGCUAUGGAGUAAAAGCUAGGGAAAUAAUACAUACGGAGUAUUACAUACGUAUAUAUCUAUGCUAUUAAAAUGCUGCCACCCAUAUAUGGAAAUUGAUAUUUCACUUUAAGAACCAAAAAACGUAGAAUAGGAUUGCAUGAACAGAAAAAAGAUGGGGUUUUAUUGUAUAGAAGAAAUGUUAAUUAACAAUUUUCUAUUAUGUUAGUUGUGCCAUUUUUCGUAUGCUUUAGGAACUAAAUUAACUCCUUUUACCUUUACAUGAUGUAAUCACUAUCAGAAUAUUUUUAAGUGUUCAAAUGGUCACAUAGUAGCAUAUUUUGAUUGAGCCAAAUGAACACAAAUAAUUUAAUGAAACCCAUGAUUUCAUAAUGUAUGCUUUAUUUAGUAACUUUUAGUUACUUGAUUUAGUUACUUUAUUUCAUACUAAGUGUGAACCCGAAAUCUCAACCUUUCAUUUUUCAAUUGAUUUUUAUCUCAUUGUUACUAUUCCCUCCAUAUUUUAAUGAUCUCUGCACUAGCUUUAAUUUGGGUACAAUAUUUUAGCAUAAAAUAGUAGGAGUAAUGAAUAGUAUAAAAGAGUAGGAGAAAUGGCGAAAAAGUAGAAAAGAUGAGAUAAAAAGUAGAAAAAACAAGAGUAAUUGAGUAUUUUUAAAGGAAAAAUUUACCAAAAAGGGAAAGUGUAUGAAAUUUUUAAAUACACUCAAAAGGGAAAGUGUAGGAAACUUUUAUAUACGGAAGAAAUGUUAUGUCAUGCGUUUCUUUCUAGAUAUGCCACAUAUGAUCACAAUACUGACCUGUAAGGUUUGUACAUAUAAUAAAUUUCUUAGAUCAAUAUGUUUUCUCAAAAUUUAUUACGAGACAUAGAAAGAUAGUUUGGAAUUAAAGUCUAAGAGCUCGAAUGGUGGCCUUGUUUUUCGGUUUAUCAUGCUUAUCAAACAGUUUUUUUCACCAAACACGUGACCAGGCCCGUGCCUUAUGUAAGGCUGGAGAGGCCCAAGCCUCAGGGCCCAAAAAACAGAAAAAAUUAGGGGCCCAUUUUUGCUUACUUUACUAUUAUACCUAGAUUUUCAGAUUUUCUAACUUUAUAUUGAUUUGCUAAAUGUUAAAUGUGAUGUAUAAUUGAUUAAUUUAUUUUUCAUGUGUGAAUUUGUAAUGUUUUAAUUUGUAAAUUUUUAAAUGCUAGUUGAUUGUUGUUUUUUUUUUUUAGGUUGAUCAAUAUUGCAAUUAUGGAAUUCUCGCUUCACAAUUAAUCAAAUUAUAUACUUUGUAUUUGUAGAAUUGUAGAGAAAAUUACUAGUAUAUAUUGUUAAGGAUUUCAAUAAAUUAUAUAUUUUAAGAAUUUCAAAAUAGGAAAAGGAAAUCAUGUAUUGAAUCAUUAACUCAAAGUCAGGCUGAAGACAUUAAUAAGUACUUGAUUUCGAAUAAAACGGCCACUUCGGAAUGUACAUCCUCACAAAACGUAACAUUACAUUGUUAAAGUGUAAGACUUUUAUAAAUUGUAGCAUUACAUUGUGACGGUGUAAAACUUUUAUUUAAGAAUCGCGUUUUUGUGAUACUUAAUCAUUAAAUUUUAAUGAAUAAAAACACUAGGCACAGGACCCAUUUUAUGAAGCUCGACUCAGGUCCGAAUUUAGGUAGGACCGGCAUUGCACGUGACUUUUGAUUUCACGCGCUAAAUUGUGUAAUAAAAAAAGUUAGGUUGAAGUAACUUUUAUGCCUGUAUUAGCUGAAGUUAUUGUAUAGGAUCAUUUUUUCUAUAUUUCGUAUAAUUUUUUCUUUAUUUAAUUAAUAAAUUAUAUUUUAAAUAUAAUUUUUUCAUAAAUCAGCAGAAUCAACCAAAUUGGUUUUAAUCGGUAGGUCUGCAGCCGUUGAGGGUCUAAACGCCCGUCUAAAGGGUAACAAAAGAGGUGCUAAGGGGAAGAAAGUGAUGUGAAAGGGAAAUGGUGAGAAGGAAAUAAAAGAAAUGGAUACUAAAGAAUAAUUCAAUUCUAAUUUCUAAGGAAGUCGAAAGGGGAAGUAACAGAAGAGGAAAUUAGUCACACAUACACUAAGAAUGAAUAACAUACAUGGUGUACAAUAACUGUGUGCACCAAGAGACGCCAACACUUUUUCUAUUACCCUUAUACCCCAGACAAUAUUCACUCUUAUAAUAUUGCAGAGACUUAAAUGGUGAUAACCACUUUAGUAAUUGUUGGGUAUUGAUUCAAUAAUACCUCAAUGAUCUACGAGCUAUCGGUUCAAUAAUACUCCAUUGCUUUUUUCAGUUAAAAAAACAUAACAAUAUUAAUAAACAUUCCAUCUUUCUCAAACUCUAAAGCACAUAGUAUUAAGCUUUUUAUGAGUCACUUAAAUGGCGGAAUCACUUUACUAAUUGUUGGAGUAUUGGUUCAAUAAUACCGCAAUGAUCUAGGAUGGGAAACACGGCUAGGCUUCCGAUAGACUACUGGAAGUCUGCCCUUGGGCCAAUGGGGUCGGAAGGGUCUGAGGGCACAGAGGUUUUGGCAUUGGUAUUCUAAUAUAACUAAUAAAAUAAAGUUUCUUUCUCAGUUCAUCACCGUUCAUAAAAUUUUGACUUGGUCUCUAAAUUUGUGAGAAGAAAAUAACAAAGAUGGCCAUCACAAAUAUGGAUUUCUUGAUAGAGCCCUGAAUUAAAUAAAGCAACCCAAAAUAGAAAGAAGAAAAAAGUGGAGGAAAGAAUUAAAAAGCACGGGCAGAAGAGAAAGGAGAUGCGUGAGAAGAAAGAUCAGGGAUUGGGAAAUGGGGUAAUGGCAUGAAAGGGUUGGGGUAACUUGGGUGGAGAGGGUGAUGACAUGUGAGCCCAUGAGGUUGAUAUUGAUGGGGUAUACCGAGUACUAUCUAAAUGAAUUUAAGGAUAAUAUGGUCAUUGUAGUUAUUUUUUAUUACUAAAAGAGGAAGUGUUGCAUUUAAUUGAAAACUGCCAAAAAAGGAAAGUGUUGCAUUUAAAAAAGAACGGAGGAAGUAUAAUUCAAAGGUUCAUAAAUAAAAUAAUAAUAAUACAAAAAAGUAACUAUUAUAAUAAAAUUUGAAAGAUUAGGCUAAAAUACUAAAGUACUGAUAUUUCAGUUUUAAUUCAAAAAAAUAUUUGUUGUUCUCUAUUUGCAUUUACAUACAUCUAAGUCUUGUUUCAAUUAAAACUCAUCAAACGAUAAAAUAACACAUUACAGUAUUCUAAUAUUUUCCAUACUCCCAAAAUCAUCUUUAUCAAUAUUUCACAUCUUGUGGUCGCCUGGGCGGCUAAAUUUUUGUCAUGUUGUGUAUGAAAUGAGAGUUAUAAGGUCAGAUACGCAUAUUAGUUCACGGAUACGGAUAUUGGAAGUAUCCGUAUUCUUAAAAAUAAGUCUGAUACUUUUAUUAAAGGCUAAAGGGUCAAAUAGGUACAUGAACUAACUUAAAGUGUUCAAUUAGCCCCUUAUAUAGGAGGUUCUGCCCGGCCGUCGCCAAUUGAGACGGUUCCCAGUGGAAGUUUUUGAUAAAAUUUUUUGAGCAUUUUCUUCACUAAGUCUAGUUUACCCUUAUCAAAUGUCAGCUAAAAAUUCAACAUGGAAGGCAGUCAAAUGAUUUUUUGAAGAUAACUGCGCAGUUAAAUAGAUCAACACAUUUCGGAAAAUCAUUUGACUGCCUUUCCGAUUGAAUUUAUAGCUGAAAUUUGGUAUGGGUAAACUAGACUUAAUGAAGAAGAUGCUCAAAAAAUUUCAUCAAAAAAUUCCACCAGGAACCGUCCCUAUUGGCGAUGGCCGGGCAGAACCUCCUAUAUAAGAGGCUAAUUGAACACUUUAAGUUAGUUCAUGUACCUAUUUGACCCUUUAGCCUUUAUUAAAUUACGGAUACAGACCCAAUACGUACAUGACGCAUAUCGGUGAGUAUCGAUAUCGGAUACAUGGAUACUCUCAUGGUGAAGUAUUGGUGCACCAUAGUGCUCAUCAAUUGUACAUUUGUAACAAGAAUAACAACCGCAAUGUG